AUGUACAUCGCUCUCUACUUCAUCGUCACCUGCCUCUCUGACUCUCUUAGCGCAGUCAAGGACCUCUUUCUCGCUAUGGAGCCCACGGACCUCACUGUCGACCUGCUUGAGAAGCACCUCCUUACAGCUGAGGCUAGCAUAGUUGCUGUAGGUGCUGCUCGUGGCACUCCUCGCACUCCCUUCUUUGAGGGGUGUUCCCCCUCCCCCCUUGCCCCCUCCUACGCUUCUACUGCUGUUGUUGACUUCCUUCAUGCUGAGGAGGUCGGGGCUGUGUCUUCUCCUAGUGGGAGGCGCUGCAGCGGCAGGGGCAAGCGAGGCAAGGGGGUAGGGAUGGCAGCGGUGGAGGUGGUAGAGGCGAUGGAGGUGGCGGUGAUGGCAAAGGGAGUGGUGGUGGGAGUGGAGGCGUUGGUGGCGGCGGUGGUGGCGGUAGUGGGAGUGGUGGCGGCGGCAUUGGUGGCGGCAGUGGGAGUGGUGGCGGCGGCAGUGGUGGCGGCAGGGGUGGACCCAGCCAAAGGGGAGGUUCUAGCGGUGUGUUCGCUGCCAGUACGUCAUUUGCACAUAUGA